CACUGUCAACAACCUCCUAUCCUGAAGACACGCUUACCACAACUGAAAGAGUGGGGAAACAGUUUGAGACCUAGCAUCAUUUAAACUUCCUCCACAGGCAGAAAAGCCAGAAGAGAAAAAUGAAGACAGGACAUUUUGAUAUGGUCACCAUGCUGCUGGCAGCGGUGAUUCUAAUGGACAUUUUCCAGGUGAAGGCUGAAAUGUUAGACAUGGCAGAAAAUGCAUUUGAUGAUGAAUACCUGAAAUGCACUGACAGAAUGGAAGUCAAAUAUGUUCCCCAGCUGCUCAAGGAGGAAAAAGCAAGCCAUGCACUCUUGAAGGCUGUGUGGGAAAAUGCAGAAGUGAAGUGGGAAGCCAGGAAGACGCAGAUCUUUCUCCCUAUGAGUUUUAAAGAUAACCAUGGAAUAGCACUGAUGGCAUAUGUUUCGGAAGCUCGAGAGCAGACUGCUUUUUACCGUAUGUUCAAUGAAGCUGUGAGGAUGGCUGGUCUCUCUCGAAAAGAAUAUGUCUAUGACUUCCAGUUCAAAGCUUUUCAUUAUUACCUGACAAAAGCCCUGCAGUUGCUGAGAAGACCUUGUGAGGAAAGUUACAAAAAUGUGGUGUAUAGUGUAAGCCGGGACACCUCAUUUAAAUUUGGAGGGCUCAACCAAGCCAGAUUGGGCCAUUUCACUCUGGCAUAUUCAGCCAAGCCUCAAGCUCCUGAUGACCAACACAUUCUGUUAACCAUCCACGCGUGCUUUGGAGUUGCCAUUGAAAAUUUUUUUGAUAAAGAAAGUGAAAGAAUUAUUUUAAUACCUCUGAAUGAGAUUUUUAACGUGUCACAGGAUGGGACCAGCAAUAACCUUAUCCUUCAAAGCACAAACAAGACCUGCAGCCAUUACGAGUGUGCAUUCCUAGGUGGACUAAAAGCUGAAAAUUGUAUUGAGAACAUGGAAUAUUCUCAACCCAUCUAUAUCUACAACCCUGGUGAGAAAAACCAGAAUCUUGAAGACUCUGGAACGAAAAGCCAGGAGACCACUGUCUUACCUGGUAUGAUGAGCCAUGAACCCACGCAAAUACCUGGAAUGAAAAUUCCAGAAACUUUUUCACUACCUGGAGUAAAAGUGGUGCAACUGGAUGAAAAACCUGAAGACCAAAGUCAGGAAGAUAUCGGCAAUCCUACUCCAGGUCCGGUUCCAGUUCCAGGUCCCAAAACCCAUCCCUCUUCAUCCUCUGGCAAAAUGAUCCUUCCACCGUUGGCGACGUUCAUCAUUUUAAUCAUUGCUUCUGCUGUAAAUCUCUUUGUUGCUCUGUAGUCUGUUACAUUCUUUAUUACUUAAAAUAUCCUGAGGGAUCCCACAGGAAACCAUCAAAAGGAAUGAUGUAUUUUUCACUUUUGGUCAAAGUCACUUGAUAACAUGAGGACUGCACAUUUGUUAUUUACUUUGCAAAUUCAGAGUUGGUCCAGAUAUGUCAUAGAAUUCAUUUUUCAUUUAUUUCUAUAUUAAUUUAUGAUUGCAAAAAACUCACCUGUAUAGUUCUGAUUGAAUUCAAUAAAAUAAUUUAAAAUUGUUGGAUAUAA